GUGUGUCAGUGAUCAUGUGACGCUGACGGACUGUAAACAACCAGUGUGUCGUGGUGAGAGUGUGCAUUUCUGUGUAUUUCCGUGUGUUUUUGUGUGUUUUCGAGCGUCACCAUGGUUUUCCUCAGACGGACGCUGCUGCUUCGCUACCUGCUGCUGGCGGCCAUGUUGGCUCUGCUGCUCUUCGUCAGCUCCUUCUGGCUGCCUCAGGGUGGAGGCCGAGAUUGUGGCACCGCAUGGCAGCCAUGUUUGAGUUUUUACAGCCAAAGGCCUGAGCCUCUGUUGGUUGCUGCACAGUGGGCGGAGCCAGAGGAAGCCCCGCCCCUCAUAAAGGAGUGUCCUGGCCAGUCGUUUCAGGCCUGGCGUCUGCUGCUGUACCUGAAGUCCUGCCUGUCCAAAAACGAUGACGUCCUGUUAGAGUCCUACCUGCUGAGCUGGGAUCAGCUGAUCAACUUCAUGGAGUCUCUUGGGUCGAUGGUGAGUUUCUUCUCUCAGAAAGUGAAAGAAAAGGUUGUGCUGAUUCGAGAGUUGUCGCUCAAACACAAAGCAGAGGCUCAUGGGAAACCUGACUCUGGACUACAAACCCCAGCAGCGUUUGGACUGAAAGAAGGGGCGUACCAUUCGCUUCGGUCCAUGGUGGAGGCGGAGCUAAAAGCGGGCAUGGUCGACUUCAGCUACCGCACCGAUUCGGGCUGCCGGACGCUGCUGCGGCUGCAUCGGUCGCUCCUCUGGCUAAAGCUGAUGCUGGAGGGUUUGGCCGACGGACCAGAUGCCCGCGGACGAUACAAAACCCCUGGAGAGCUGAGCAGGGACGCCUACCAGGUGGCCUUGGCCCCCCACCACCCCUGGGUGCUCCGCCAGGCCGCCGAGUUGGUCUUCCUCGCCCUCCCCAACAGGAAGUACUUUCUGCAGCUGGUAUGUGUGCAGGAGCAGCGGGAGGCGACGCCCGUCCUGCGGAUCAUCAUCCACGCCCUGACGCUGGUCCACACCAGAACUCAACGGAUCCUCCAAGAGCACGGCAUGCUGGAGCUGCCCUGA